AUGAGUCAUAGAUAAAAGAGAGUUAAACCUGGCCGUCCAAGUAAAGAGGAUCAAAAAGAAGGAGUUGAAAUAUAAAGAUCCUCUGAUGAUGAGAAUCAGUAUAUUGCAGACGACUCUGAUUGUGAAAGAAUUUUUUCUUUAUUGGCCAAAUAAAGCAGCUAUAAAAAUAUAACCAAAACAGGACCUACUAAAACUAAAAAGGUUGAUGAAGAGUAAUUAGCAGAAGCCUCUGAAAAUGUGAAAAAGGUUCUUGACGAGUUAUAAAUAUAAGACCCUCAAUUCUUUUUUUUAUCAAAUUAAAAAAGAAAGUACGAGUUUUAAAAUGACAAAUUGAUUGAUAAGACUGAAUAUAAAUUUAUUAAUAAGGAAGAAUUUGGUCCUCGGUUUGAGACAUUGAUUGAUAAAAUGAAUAUCGUCAACAGAGAAUUGGAUGAAAAAUUUAUUGAUGUGCUAAAAGAAAUUUUAAUAUAAUACUAAAACUUGGUAACUCAAGAAUUGAACUCUAACUCUAUUAUAGAAAAAAUAAUUCAAAAUAUCAAAAAUCCUGAUAAUCAAGAAAAAUUUUAAUAUUUGCUAACAUGGUAACGAUUAAAAAGCAUCACCAAGGAAACUCGUAUGAAUAGAGCAAUUGAAGAUUUAGAAGAAAAACGAAAGGAAAUUAAUAAAAAAACAUCAGACAAAGUAAAGAAAAAGCACUAAGAAUUUAUUGAUUGCCAAAAAAAAGAAUUAGAUGAAGAAAAUAGUAUGGAUCCUCUCUAAUAUUUAAUUACAAAACUGAUUUCGGCAUUUAAUUACAUUAUAGGAAACGUAUGAUAAUGCAUUUCCAAAAACAAGUGAUUUAUAUUCCAUCAAAUCCUAAA